AUGGCUCCGCUUGUCAGGUUGGCGAGGGCUACAGCCGGCUUUGGGCAGGCAGAGAUGCCACCUUUUCCCUGGCCACCUUGUCGCUCAAGCCAGAGGAUGCAAACUGCUUGGACUUUACCCUGGAUCAGUUCACCCCUGAACAGAUCAAGGCGCUCGCCGGCUGGUACAAGCACUUUACUGCGCGGUCCAGUGGUCGGGCGGCUCAAAGAGUACGAUGGCUGGGACUUCUCGGAGAUUGAGAAGGAGGCAUGGAGGGACCAUCCUUCUUCGCGAGGCGGAAAUCAGAAACUCUUCGGUUUGGAGGAGAAGAAGGAGGAGCCGAAGCAGAGCAGCGAGCCGGUGAUGUUCCGGAAAGGCGACAAGGUGAAGCUGCUAGAUUUGGAGGACGAAGCGCUGAACGGCAAGACUGGCAAACUGCUGUCCUUGGUGGUGGGGACUGGAAAGUUUGCCAUUGAGUUGGAUGACAGCGAUGGGGCCGACAACAACACCGUGUAUGUCAAGCCCAAGAACAUAAAGUGUAGAUGCUGUGCAGCUUGCAGCUUGUCGCUGCGUGGGUCGAUGAGAGCAAAUUUGAUCAUUUUCCUUUGCUCUCACCGUCUCACCGGGUACGCACCUAGUGGCAGCUGA